AAUGGACUAACCACCUUGGCGACUCCAGACUUGCAACAGUAGGUAAUGGCAAUGUGAUGGAUGGUUAGAAGCCAAAGUUAAAAGGAUUAUUCCUGGCCGUCGAACACAGAAGGUCUUUGAAGCCAGAAGAAAUCACCUGUCUGGCAGUGCCCCAGCACCUCAUCUCAGACAAAGUGGAUGAAUCUAUCAGCUGAACUUUCUCAACCUGUUAACUUACCACGGAGCCAAGAAAGCUUGUGUGAUUCUAAAAGGUGUUCUUGAAGACAAGCAGCUGGAGUCUGUUUGUUCCCAAUGUUCCCAGUGUUUUUAGAACCCUUCCUUGGAGUUUCUGUCACUUAUCCUCCAAAGGGAAUUUAUUUUGUUGACAUGAUUAGCACCAACACCUCUCAAUCAGAAGCAAAUGAUUUCCAUUGAUGGUGUUUGUCCCCACAAAGCUAAAGCCUUUGAAGACUGUCAAUUUUCGAGGAAUAAUUUGGACUCUGACCAGAUAUGGCCAGAGACGUCCGUCCUCUGAGCCAAAUGCCUUUGUCUACAAAGCACAUGCAACGGGUGGGAGCUACUCUGGGGCUCGUCCUCCCUUUCGUCCCCCUACGAUCUCUUAUUUUCUAUUCCUUCCUUUCGUGUGCAGCAGCAGCAGGUAGUUUACCUGGCAUAGAAUAUGAUUACGGCAUUAGCCCCAAAUUUGUUUGUACUCCCAUUCCCCCAGAAGCAGAUCCCAGCUGCUACUCGCCACCCAAUGUGCCCCAUGGACCAAGCAGUAACGGCCAUAGCAGUGACCACAAUGGCGGGAGCAGGCGAGGCAUGAUGUCCGACGAGGCCAAAGCCACUAUUCUGCACUUGCGCGAGAGCCUUGUGAGGCAGAAGGAAACCAUCCUGGACCAGCGAGAGACAAUCAGGGAGCUGAAUGCUAAGCUCACCUUAUGUGAGGGCUUUGGGGGUCACCACGGCACUGGUCACCAUGACAGUCAUCACGACAAUCAUCACGAUAGCCAUCACGAUAGCCAUCAUGAAAACCAUCACGAUAACAAUCAUAACAACCAUCACGGUACCCACCAUGACGACCAUCACGGACAUCACGGCAGCCAUCAUGCAUCACUGUCACUGCGCCAUGGGCCUUCAGGAUAUCACAGCAAUGACCACCAUUAUCCCCACGGCAGCCACAGACUGGACCACAACAGGAAGGGCUCGUCAUAUAGCAAACACAGUUCCUUCUCUCCAGAACAGACUGGAAAAACCCUGCAGACACUAAAGGAGAGGCUGGAGAACUUGCAGGCCAGGAACUCCUCCAGCUCCUAUUCCAGCUCCCUGAGAGAACUUCUGCAGAGGAAGAUCAAUGCUUUAGAGGAACAGCUACACAGUUACCACAGAGAUCACCAUGACUAUGGUCACCAUAAUGACCACCAUGGAGAUCAUCAUGAUGACCAUCAUGGCAACAGCCACCAUGAUAGCCAUCAUGAUGGCCACCAUGGCAAUAGCCAUCAUGAUGGCCACCAUGGCAAUAGCCAUCAUGAUGGCCACCACGAUGACCACCACGAUGACCACCAUGAUGUACUUCGUGCAGCGGCGACUUUGCCCAUAACUAUGACAGAUGAAAAGUGGCAUCACGUGUGCGUGACGUGGUCCACGCGUGAUGGUGUCUGGGAGGCCUACCAGGAUGGAGCGAAGAAAGGCACAGGGCAGAACCUGUCAGCCUGGCACCCAAUCAAACCAGGAGGGAUUUUCAUCCUUGGUCAGGAGCAGGACACAAUGGGAGGCCGCUUUGACGUCACUCAGUCUUUUGUGGGAGAGCUGUCAGACCUCCAGUUCUGGUCCAGGGUGUUGACAUCCAGCGAGAUUUACAGCCAAGCAACCUGCGGCGGCCACCUCGUUGGUGAUGUCAUGUCAUGGUCGGAGGAGUCGGUUGAGCUCCACGGAGGCCUCGCUGAGCUUUCUUUUGAUCCCUGCCACUAAAGAUGGACGCUGACCCCAGGGCUGUAGGAUUAUCCUUUUCUAGUAAUUGAUAACAUGGUUGUGUCAAAAAUGGCCGACAAGUGGAGAUACAUUAUUUGAUCAUCGGUCAACCGUAAAGCGAUCGUUUCUUUCAUUUCUUCUUCCAUCAUGUUGGCUGCAGAACUUUAAUAGCACAAGCUCAGCUGUGGGCCACGAGCAGUGUGAGGACUUUGGUUGUUUUUUUUGGAUUUUUCCAUUCCUGCCGGAUCCUUCUGCCUUGUCCACCUACACCCUCACUUCCUCGCUCGAACGCUCCCAGCAGGACACCUUUGAAGGCUCCAAAGAGUGCAGGGCUUUGGAUUUACUGGCUGCACGCUCAUGACUGCAGCACGUCUAAGAGAUCCAACACACAUAAUAGGAUUUCUUUCGAUUGGAACAGGCCCAAAGGUUGCUGGUUUACCAUUAACCGGCCUGCGCUAGCUUGUUCUGUGCGGUUUAUGAGCAACAUAGACAUUACAGAAGGUGAAAGAGAUGCUAAACGAAGCCACAUAGACUUGUGCGUGCUGCUAAAGAACCGAUAGUGAGGUUGCAGUACACAGCAGGGCAAAGCACUGCAUACUGAUGGUUGUUUUGCACAUUGAGAUUUUGGCAGACUAUUCUUUUUGUAUUAGUAUUUCAUAUUGAAAACUCUAAAAAUAUGUGGGGGGGUUGUAGAAUUAACUAUAACAUGCUUUUGUGUGGCUUUACAAUGUGAGUACAUGUUCGUAACAGUAAAUCGUGCAUUUUGUCAACGCAGGACUGAAAAUGUUUUAACCUUUGGUUUUUCUUCCGUCUGUAAACAAAUCCUUGUGAAAGGUUUGUUACAUAAGAGCAAAACAGCUCAAUGUCAGACACGACACAUUACAGCCACGAGCCACCUGACUGCAUCGAUUCAGGUUAACAACGUGUCACCGCGCUAAUGCUGAUGUCUCCUUGGGCAACCAGUGGCUUACAGUGGGAUUUACCCGUGAACGACUGAUCUGAUCCCGCUUAUUUCCGACGAGCUCAAACCGCAUGGCAGAGUCAGACGCACAGAAGCUAAACGUGUAAAAAGACAUUGUUGAUCUCGCGUUAAUCAUUUGUAGCUGCACUUUCAUCGUUUUAUAACAAGAGUUUGGGGGUUUUUGUACACGUAAAUCAAACAUGAAAGUAUUUAUUAUGAUUGUUCUCAGGUUGUAAACGACUUUUACUUAACCCUGUGUUUAUUUGUAAAGCUCAUCUUUUGAAAUAAACUGUUAUAUAUUUGCUAAUUAGAGCCCUUCUGAAUUAAACUCACGUAUCCUCUAAUGAUUUUAAUUCAGCAGAAUCAGUCGCCUCAAAGAGCUUAUAUAUAGGUAAAGUAGAUAUUUUCAAAUUAUCUUAAUCCAAACCAAAAAAAAAUUCUCCAAAUUUUCUCCAUAUGUUCAUAUGUUUCUACACACAUCUAUAUAUGAUGUGACAUAUAUAAAUAUAUAUAUGAUGUGCUUCUUUUGUCUGUGCUCCUAUACUUCACAUUUAUACCUCCUUCUUCCAAUACAAAGAUGUGUAGUUUGUAAGCUAAGCUUUAAAAUGCACUAUUAACAUAAAUACUUGCUUAUCCUCACCUUCAGUGCACAUUUUAAUAGUUUUUUUGGUUUCUUUAUUUUUUCUUUAAUUUUGUUUUUUUGUCUUUUGCUGUAAAUAUGCUGAGUAUAAUAUUGUAUUCGAUCCACUACCCCUUCCCACAUGUGUAAGCCAAAAACUACAGUAUAAACUGAAAUGUAAAACUUGAAAAA